AUGUUGAAAUCCGCCAUCUUCACUAGAACUUUUAGCAGCUCUGCCUCGCGUGCCGCUUUUGCCAAGAUGCAAUUGCUUGGUACCAUCGGAAAUGUGACUGCCAGAGAAACCAAGGAUGGUGUUCCGUUUAUUACUUACUCCUUGGCUGUCAACAGAUACUCGCCACAAAAUGCUGAAGAGGGAAAGAACACAGUUGCUGACUGGUACAAUAUUUCUGUUUUCGAUGACAAGCAUGUUACGUUUUUCCAAAACCACAUGAGAAGUGGAGCCCAAUUGUACGUGGAGGCUGAUGUGAAGCAAAAGGCGCUUGUUGAUGAAAGCGGUGAAAAUAAGCACAUUGUCACCACUUUGAAGCAGACUCACUUUGAUGUUGUCCGCUUCCCAAAGAAGUUGGAAUCUGACGCGUGA